ACGCAGGACGCAAGACUUCCCGGACUGCUCCGCGAAAGCAUGGCCAUACAAUUUUACUCUCCCAAACUGUAGAGGAUCGUUCGAGUCUGACGCCUGACCUUUGUUCCUGCUUUGGUUGAACCGCUGGACAGUAAAACCGAGCAACUUCCAGACUCCCCUUAUUCAAAUUCAAAGAGGCAGCAUGCUGAGAUAACGACAGUGGAAACGACGGGAGAAGAAGAAAUGGCAUCGAUCAACUCGUCCUCGGGGGCAUCGGCGGCCGUCCGACCAAAGAUUUUAUCCACCGUCUUCAGCCACGUGAAGUACGAACACCUCCUUGCUGGAGUAUCAGGUGGCGUGGCUUCCACCCUCAUUCUGCACCCCCUCGAUCUCAUCAAAAUCAGAUUCGCAGUAAACGACGGACGAGUUGCAAGUCGACCGCAGUACCAUGGCAUGUCGAGCGCGAUGACCACCAUAUUCAGGACAGAGGGGGUGCGGGGCCUGUACCGGGGUGUGACUCCGAAUGUCUGGGGCUCGGGUAGUGCGUGGGGAUUCUACUUCAUGUUUUACAACACAAUCAAGACCUGGAUCCAGGGCGGCAACUCUAAGGUGCAAUUGGGACCCAGUCUGCACAUGCUGGCCGCAGCUGAGGCUGGAGUUCUCACCCUUGUGAUGACCAAUCCUAUCUGGGUUGUUAAAACUAGGCUGUGUCUGCAAUAUGGCGCUGAGGGCAGCCACGGCUUGAAGUCGUACACUGGAAUGAUGGAUGCCUUGAAGUCCAUCUACAAACUGGAGGGCAUCCGCGGCUUGUACAAGGGUUUCGUCCCAGGCUUGUUUGGUGUCUCUCACGGCGCCAUCCAGUUCAUGACUUACGAGGAAAUGAAGAAUGCCUACAAUGAAUACCGAAAACUGCCAAUAGAUGCAAAACUGACAACAUCUGAAUACCUCAUGUUCGCCGCAUUUUCGAAGCUUGUUGCGGCCGGCACAACAUACCCAUACCAGGUGGUACGAGCGAGACUGCAAGACCAGCACAUUGUCUACAAAGGCUCUUGGGACUGCAUUAUGCAGACUUGGAGAUAUGAGGGAGCCAAGGGUUUUUACAAAGGCUUGGGUCCCAAUUUGAUUCGAGUCAUCCCAGCCACUGCCAUCACGUUUGUCGUCUAUGAGAAAGUUUCUGGCAAGCUAUUGGAUAGGACAAGCGGAAUCGAAGCAGAAACCAAAAGCCAGAGUGACUAGCGCCACUUGACUUGCCCCUCAUAAUAAUUCCUAAUUAGUUUGUAAUCUAGACCAUUUCUUAUUUUUGCAAAGCAGCAGAUCUAGUUGAUUUGGUUUAAUUGAAUGUGCGCUUUUGAUGCAGGCUUGGUCAUCCUGUCAUUACCUGUAGACCAAAAUUCAUUAAAAGCAUAAGAACAAUAAACCUCAAUUAUUAAUGAA